GUGUUUCAGUUGAACCUCGGAAGCUCAAUCUGUGUGGACGUGUUUUCACCGGUCGUGGCUUGUCCUCUACUUUAGAGGGUUGUGAGUGGCAAUACAAGGAACGGAUCACUAGAGGUUAGAAUUAAUUCUGUGAGCCUGGGCGAGUUUUAAUAACUUGUCCGUGUGAAGUGGAUAUAACCGUGAAAGUGAAACAUUCCGCCGCAUCAACCACGCAAUGAAAGGGAUUACUGGGCUAAAAUAUGUGCUUCUUGUAAUCAUCUGUGCGCUGUUCAGAGUUUACACGUCGGUCCACAUUACCAAUCUCGAGGUGCCACGAACGUACAUCCUUGAAAGGAAGGAUUUUAUCUUCGCCUUCUCCUCCGGACACCAAUGGGGACAGCACCAACGUUUCGUACGAGAUGAGCCAGUAGCGGAGAACAGUACCAUCCCUACGCCGCUAGAUGAAGGGGCCAACAUUAUUGCGGGUGCAAACAUAAACUUUACUAAUACAAGUAGUGCCUCCGCGGUCAAACCGCUUAUAAUGGACUGCCAGUACGAGAUCAAGGCUAAUGAGUGCGGUUUUGUGCUCAAGUGGUACUUCAACCGAAAGUUGAUAUACCAGUGGAUACCGGCAAGGAAUCCCAUAGGAAUGAACCAAUUUAAAGGAGAACUCCGCACCAACUACUCAAUGUCGGACUCGGUCAAUUACAAGUACCGAGCACUGGUGAUACAACAUCCGAAGCUUAACCACAGCGGCGAGUACAUGUGCUCGGUGCAAACGUACGAAUCGUUCGAUCGAAAAGCGGCCCGCUUCCAAAUCGUUGUUCCGGAAAAGAUGUUGCUACUUCACUACGAGAACGAUGCCGAUAGGGAGAACAUGCUGCUGAUCAAAUGUACGGUUUUUAUGAUCUAUCCUGAACCGAAUCUGGUGCUAGUGGUAAGCGGUGACUUGCUGUUGGUUAGUUCACGCACCAUAGUUCUGUCGGACCGGUACCACAUGUACAACAAAACGGUUUACGGCCUGAUCGACAAGCAUUUGCUCAUUUCGCCCACAUCGAUUGGAUGCGUUUUAACCGUGCCUGGCUCGAGCUACGUGCGAAAGCGUGAGACUAUCUAUUACGAUCCGACCCAGCUGACGCGAUGGAGUCGUCUGAGGAUGGACGAACGAGGACGUUUCGAGAUCAGUGAUUGCACCGGUCAAUUAAAAGUGUCUUCUGCAGUGAUAACGAUUGCUCUAGGUAUAAUGUUUCUAAUAAAAAUUUACGAGUGAUUUUGGAACAUAUAAA